AUGUUUCGUUCUGCAAAAUGGAAGACUGAGAAAAACAGAAUUAAAGCUGUUUUCAAACUUCAAUUCAAUGCCUCUAAGGUGUUACAAUCUGGAGUAGAUGCAUUGGUGUUAUCAAUAAUUCCUGGUGACAUUGGAAGGCCAACUAAGAGAUUAGAGAAAGCUACGGUUCGAGAUGGAAAUUGUCGGUGGGAGAAUCCGGUAUUCGAAACUGUCAAGUAUUUUCAGGAUCCUAAAACCGGGAAAAUCGCCGAUAAAAUAUAUCGUUUUUUGCUAUCGACGGGGUUAUCAAAAGCUAGCGCGAUCGGAGAGGUUUCGAUGAACUUUGCUGAUUAUGUAGAUGCCACGAAGCCCUCUUCGGUUUCUCUUCCCAUCAGGAUUCCACAUUGUGAUGCUGUUUUGCAUGUAUCUGUCCAAAGGAUUCAAGAAAACAGUGAUCAAAGAGAGAAAGAUGAAUGUGAUGAUAAUGCCAAACAAAAAUUCGAUGAUAGGAGCUUAAGGAACCAAUUAAACAACGGCGAUACAGAUGAAAGUACUAAGAGUUAUUUUUCUGAAGACGUUUCUGCCAAAGCAAUCAUCGAUAGGACGUCUAGUGGAUCUGACAUUACAUUGUCGACGAGCUCUGAUGACAGCUCUGGAGUUGAUACUCCCUGUGACUGUGACAAUGGACUGAGAAAGACAAACAUUAACGCCACCACAAAUCAGUUUGUUCCAGUUAUGCACCGUGCCGCAGAAUCUCCAAGUCGUGCUGUCAAUACCUCGACAACGACGCAUGAUUUACAACAAAGAUCACAAUGGGGUUGGUCCUCUAGCUCAGAGCUCGGGUUAAGUAUGGGCGAUUCAACAAAUGGUUCUCAUAACGUCCUUUCAAAGGAAACGUCACUAGAUGCGUCUCAUUCGGAGAUUGAGAGACUCAAGGCUGAACUGGCUGCUAUGGCGAGGCAUGUGGAUGUGUCGGACAUGGAACUACAGACUCUUAGGAAGCAAAUUGUAAAGGAAAGCAAAAGAGGGCAGGAUCUCUCGAAGGAAAUCAUUAUCUUGAAAGAUGAAAGAGAUGGACUCAAGACGGAAUGUGACUAUAUUAGGUCUUUCCAUAAACGCAUGGAUGACGCUAAAGUGAGAAACAGGUCACAGUUGGAAAGUGGAGAUGUUCAUGCUUUUGUCGAGGAAAUUAGACAAGAAUUGAAUUAUGAGAAAGACACGAACGCAAAUCUCCGAUUACAGUUAAAAAAGAUGCAAGAAUCAAAUGCUGAAUUGGUUCUUGCUGUGCAGGACCUGGAAGAAAUGUUGGAGCAGAAAAAUAUGGAUACGUGUAGUCACUCCAAUAAACACGAGCCGUGCAAAAAUUCACAAGAUUUAAGGAGGAAUCUCUCAAAGUGUGAAACAGAUGAUGAUGAAGAUCAGAAAGCAUUAGACGAGCUUGUUAAGGAGAACGGCGAUGCCAAGGAGACACAAUUGCUUGAGAAAAAAAUUAUAGACUUGUAUGGUGAAAUUGAAAUGUAUAGGAGAGACAAAGAGGAGUUAGAGAUGCAGAUAGAGCAGAUUGCACUAGACUAUGAAAUAUUAAAACAGGAAAACCACGGCAUUGCGAGUAAGCUAGAGCAAAGCCAGCUGCAAGAACAGUUAAACAUGCAAUGUGAUUGUUCAUCUCCUCCUGCUGCUAUGAAUGACAUUGAAAAUCACAUUGAGAAUCUGGAAAAAGAACUCAAGGAACAGUCGGAAGAUUUCUCAAAUUCUCUAGCUACCAUUAAGGUACUAGAAACCCAUAUCAGAAGAUUAGAAGAGGAAAUGGAGAAACAAACACAGGGAUUUGAGGCUGAUAUAGAAGCGGUGGCACGCGAAAAAGUUGAGCAAGAGCAAAGAGCCAUUCAAGCUGAGGAAACUUUGCGAAAGACCAGACUAAAAAAUGCUAAUACUGCUGAGAGGCUUCAAGAGGAAUUCCAAAGGCUCUCAUUGCAAAUGACAUCUUCUUUUGAUGAAAAUGAGAAGGCUACCAUGAGAGCACUGACAGAAGCGAGUGAAUUGCGUCUACAGAAAAGUCUAGUGGAAGGAAUGCUGCUUAAAGUCCAAGAAGAGCUUGAGUCAACUAAAGCUGAUUACGAGGUAAAAAUGGGCAACCUUUCAAACCAAAUGGAUACAAUGACAGUUCAGAUACAACAAAUGUUAGUGGAAAUUGAAGACAAGUCCAAGAAGCUCGAAAAUCAGAAGAAGCUUGGGGAACAAGUUAAUAGGGAUUUCACUGAGGAGUUCGAGAUGCUAAAAUCUGAGAAUGGAAAACUCAAAGUGGAAAUAAUGCAGAUGUUGAUGGAAAUUGAAGACAAGUCCAAGCAGCUUGAAAAUCAGAAGAAGCUUGGGGAACAAGUUAAUUGGGAUUUCUCUAAGGAGAUCGAGAUGCUUAAAGCCGAGAAUGAAAAUCUUACAACAGAUAUUUUACGCUUAAAUGAACAAGUAGGAGGAAAAGAAAUCUUGAGAACUGAAUUGGAACUUAUGAAGAAAUCUAUUGAGGAAUAUGAAAUACUGUUACGUCAAGGAACCGUGGAAAGAAAUGAACUUGUGAGUACAGUUGCAUUAUUGAAGAAGGAAGUGGAACAAUCACUUAACGAGCUAAGUAGGAUGAGAAAUCUCAAGGAUGAAAAAGAAGAAGAGGCUAGACUCUUGAAGUCAGAGUUGGAAGCUAUUAGAUCUCAAUGCAGUGAUUUGAAACAAUCACUUUCUGAGGAUGAGGCUGAGAAAGAAAAACUAAGAAAGCAAAUUUCUCAGCUAAAGAACGAAAUAAAGAAGAAGGGUGAUGCAUUAACAAGUUUCGAGAAGAGGUUCAGGGAUAGUAAUGGCCGCAACCAACAUUCUGAUGGAGCUAAAACCAUUCAAAUCAUCAAAAGAACUACUUCCAGUCCUCAGAAUUCAAAGGAAAUGGCAAGUCUCAGGGAGAAAAUAAAAAUGCUUGAGGGACUAAUAAAAUCAAAGGAAACUGCGUUGGAAACUUCAACACUUUCAUCUUUGAAGAAGGAAACGGAACUCCAUAGUAGAAUUGCUGAGCUUGAGAACAACGUGGAGGAAUUGAAUCGGAAUGUUACUUUACACGAGGAAAGAAGUAUUACAAAUUCAAAUGAGAUAUCAGACGAAUUAAGAAAUAGAUUGGAAGAUGCAGACAACAAUCUUAGUAACGCGUUGGCUGAAUUGUCGUCAUUGAAGGAAAGAAACAAAUUAAUGGAAAAUGAACUCAAAGAGAUGCAAGAGAGAUACUCAGAAAUGAGUCUCAAAUUUGCUGAGGUAGAAGGUGAAAGACAAAUUCUUGUUAUGACUGUAAGAAACCUCAAGAGUUUCCACAAGGGCUGA